AUGACGAUCGGCACGCUAUUUCCAGGCUUCACGCCCUUCGACGUAACAACAGAUGCAUCCAACAACAUCACCAUUCACGGCAUCAAAGCCGGCGAGGGCCCGCCUCUACUCCUCAUCCACGGAUUCCCGCAAACACAUGCUAUCUGGCACAUCGUGGCGCCGCAGCUGACGUCUUCGUACACUGUCGUCGCCAUCGACAUCCGGGGCUAUGGAGCAUCGUCGAAGCCGCCACCAACGGCCGACCACGCACUCUACAGCAAGACGCACAUGGCGCGCGACUGCAUUGCAGUGAUGAAUCACUUCAGGUUUUCGCGCUUCUUCGUCUGCGGUCACGACCGCGGCGCGCGCGUCGCGCACCAGCUCGCAGUGAAUCACCCGGACGCCGUCAACAAGAUGAUCCUGCUGGACAUUUGCCCCACGCUCGCAAUGUACGAGCAGACCAAUGCCGGGUUCGCGACGGCCUACUGGCACUGGUUCUUCCUCAUCCAGCAGCAUCCGGCGCCCGAGACGUUCAUGAGUGCGGCGAGAGCGCGCGAGUGGCUGGCCAUGUUCACCGUGGGCGCGAAAAACCCCGAGGGGAAUGGAACGGCGUUUUUCAAGCCCGAGGCUUUCGAGGAGUACGUGCGCGCCGCCGAGACGGAGGGCAGCGUCGCGGCUUAUUGCGAGGACUAUCGCGCGGCGGCGACGGUGGAUUGCGAGGAGCAGAGGAAGGACAGGGAGGCAGGGAGAAAGAUCAAGUGCGAUUUGAGGGUCUUGUGGGGGAAGAAGGGCGUUGUCGAGAGGUUUUUCAAGACGCUGGAGGAGUGGAGGAAGGUGUGUGAAGGAGAGGUGACGGGCGGGACGGUGGAGAGCGGGCAUUACAUUCCGGAAGAGGUGCCGGAGGAGGUGGUGAGGAACAUCAAGGAGUUUCUGGUUUGA